CGAAGAUGUCAGCUCGGUCAUGUGAUCAGCUGUGUCCAAUCACAGCUGAUCACUGUUCAUCAGUGCCCUGAUGAUCAGUGUGGCCCCAGAAGUGCCACCUGCCAGUGCUCAUCAAUGCCACCUGCUAGUGCCCAUCAGUGCCUCAUCAAUGCCACAUAUCAGUGCCUACCAAUGCACAUCAAUGCCACAUAUCAGUGCCCAUCUGAGAUGCCUUUGAGUGCCACCUAUCAGUGCCAGUCAGUGCCACCUAUCAAUGCCGGUGAGUGCCACAUAUCAGUGCUGCCAAUCAGUGCCAGUCAGUGCCGCCUAUCAGUGUGCAUCAGUGCCGCCUAACAGAGCCAAUCAGUG